AUGAACGUGGUGAAAUAUCUGAAUUUUGAGGAAUAUUCGGACGAUUCGGGUAGCGAGCCGGAUGUGGAUCUCGAGAACCAGUACUACAAUGCAAAAGCCCUAAAAGCCGAGAAGCAGUUCGACAGUGCAUUGAGUGCCUUCCAGAAUGUGCUGGAGCUGGAAGCCGAGAAAGGCGAAUGGGGCUUCAAGGCACUCAAACAGAUGGUGAAAAUCACGUUUGCCACGAAUCGUUUCGAUGACAUGCUGGCGUAUUAUCGGCAACUUCUAACAUACAUCAAAUCAGCAGUCACCAAGAAUUAUUCGGAGAAAUCGAUCAAUUCAAUCCUCGACUAUAUUUCGACCUCUAAGCAAAUGGAUUUGCUGCAGAUGUUCUACGAAACAACCCUUGAAGCAUUAAAGGUUCUUUCAGCAACUUGUUUUUUUUUUUUAAUUUUACUUUUGAUGGCGAAAAAUGUACCUGUUUUCUGA